AUGAGCAGUACUGUUCUAGAUUAUAAGGGCGCCCUAACCGGUGGCCACACUGGCUGGGUGACUUCUAUCUCGUGUCCAGGCAGGAGCGAUAUCAACACGGUCAUAUCUGCUUCAAGAGACAAGAAGAUUAUGAUCUGGGAAGUAUACAGGGACGAUGUGGAUGGCGAAAUCGGUAUUGCGAAGAAGUCACUUACCGGACACUCGCAGCCUGUCCAGGACGUCACUAUGUCCUUUGACGGACUUUUUGCACUUUCAGGUUCUUGGGACGGCACUUUGAGGCUGUGGGAUUUGGUCAAGUCCAGGACUGUACACGUAUUCAACGGCCACACCAGCGACGUAUAUAGCGUCGAUUUCAGCCCAGACAACCGUCAAAUUAUUUCAGCUAGCCGUGAUAACACCAUCAGGCUGUGGAACACUCUGUCAGAGUGCAAAAGUACUGUUACAAAUGCACACAGCGACUGGGUCUCGUGCGUCAGGUUCUCACCGAACCCUCACGAACACGUAUUUGUAUCUGGAGGUUGGGACAGGUUGGUCAAGGUAUGGGAUCUUGCCACGUGCAACCUCAAGUUCAACCUCACUGGUCACGAGGGCACUGUUUCAUGCACAUCAAUCUCACCUGACGGCUCCCUUUGCGCAUCCGGUGGAAAGGAUGGUAUAGCUCGUCUUUGGGACAUGAAGGAGGGAAAUAACCUCCAUCUCUUAGAGGCCGGGGCACCCAUCAACGCACUGUGCUUCUCACCCUGCAACUACUGGCUAUGUGUAGCUACAGACAGGGCAAUUAAGGUGUGGAAUUUGGAGAACAAGAAUGUGCUUGCUGAAAUAACCAGCGAUAAACCAAAGAAGGUCGGACUCCCAUGGUGCGUAUCGCUCUGUUGGAACGCGGACGGCACAAUGCUAUUUGCUGGUUCCACAGAUGGUAAUAUUCAUGUUUACCAGGUUAACAAGAGUUACAAUUACAUUGCCAACUGA